CAUUCUCAGUUCCUAUAUGGAUGUAUGCACAUAUCCGACUGAAAGCGAGCGAGAGAGAGAGAGAGAUGGAUGGGAGUGAGUGAGUGAGCAGCUGAGAACCAUUAGGACGGACUCGUUUGACCGGUUUUACAUAACUUAAGGUGUGACUGAGAGAACAAUGCCAUGGUGGUAGGGAGGAGAGGAGAGAGAAUGGUGGCAGUUCACUGACGCAGGCUUGAUACUCAGAAUUACUUUGAAACCCACAGUUAAAGGACAUUUAAAGGACACACAGAAAAGACUUCCUCCGAUAGACCCUGUUUUUCCCUAAAAUACCAAAGCAGCAAUGAUGGACCCCUACGGAAUUCCAAGCCCCCCCAUCCCACAUGCUCCCAACGCCCCGCCUUCCAACCCUCCACCUUACCCAGGAAUCAGAGCGAAUGGUGUAAACGGCGGCCAACCUCAGCCUGAUAUUUCUUUUCUACGAGCUGAGAGAGAAGUGGGGAUCCUUAAUCAUUGUUUCGAUGACAUUGAGGUCUUCAUGGCAAAGCUACAACAGACUGCAGUGGCUGCCACAGUUCUAAGCCAGAGGAAGAAGAAAAAUAAGAAAAGUCACAAGCAAACAGCAGAGGAGGACUUGCUUACUGCAAAAGCUUGCCCUCCACCUGAAGAAGAAUUCAUGGAUAUCUUCCAAAAAUUUAAAUACUGCUUCAGUCUUCUGGCUCGUCUCAAGUCUUCCAUCUCCAACCCAUCCUCAAAAGAGCUGCUCCACCAUGUGUUCAAACCACUGGAUAUGCUGGUGAGGACUAUUGGGGGCCCAGCUUUAGGAGCCUCAGUGAUCAGUCCUGCCCUGACCAACUCAGCCAUAUCCCUGCUUCAAGACAACCUGACCGAAGAGGAGAGGCAGAUAUGGACGGCCCUUGGGCCCCACUGGACACUACCACAUUCCCAGCUUAGAGGGCCCGUGGCCCCGUACACACCUGUGUUUCUGGACGGAUGGAAGCCAGAGCCCUCCAGGGCAGAUGGGCAGGUUUGGGAGGAUCCGGUCGAGUCACAACACAAACAUGAAGCCUUGCGGGAAAAGCAAAAGCUGCAGCCUACUCAGCCAGUUGGACCUCCAGUCGCCCCUAUGAGCGAUGAACUGUAUAGCAGUGUCCUACCCCCUGAGGGAGAGAGGAUGUACAGCUGCAGCUAUGACUUUGUGGCCCGCAACAACAGUGAGCUGUCAGUACAACAGGGAGAUACACUGGAGGUGGUGGAGUCGUCCAAACGCUGGUGGAAGUGUCGUAAUCGCUUCAACGUGGUCGGCUUUGUCCCCUUCAACAUCCUGGAGCCAGUGUCUCACACAGAAAGCCCUGUCACCAUGAGACCACCAAAGCCUCCAGUCUCGCCUGACCUGACCAAGACUCACACUCCUCCAGGCCCUCCAGCCUUGAACCCUAGCUCCUUGACCCCAAGCCCCUCAGCCCACCACCGCCCUCCCCCACCAUCAUACAACCAAUACAUUCCAGCCGGAGAUGACACAGACAAAGUCAUGAUGGUGAACGACGAGCUCCUCCAGAGACUGACCAACGGGAAGGCCAGCCUAAACAGGCCCCUGGUCAUCGCUCGCUCCUCGGACACCUCGGUCCCCCUGGACUACCACUCACCCACCGAGGAGGUGGAGGAGUGGCUCAGGGGGAAGGGCUUCAGUGAGACGACGGUGACGUUACUGGGAAAGCUGACAGGAGCCCUGCUCUUCUCUCUGAACAAGGAGGACCUACGAGAAGUUCUACCAGACGAGGGUGCCAGAGUGUACAGCCAGCUCACUGUUCAGAAAGCACUGUUGGAGGACGCCAGGAAGGCCACAGAGCUGGAGGCAGUGAUGGAAAAGCAGAAGAUGAAGGUGGAUUUGAAACUGGAGAAUAGCACACUGUAAGACCCAAGUGUCAGACGUCAGGUACCACUCUCCUAAAAAUGAAAAGACUCAUGCUGAAAGAGAACAAUCCCUGCACACACAAUCACAAAGACCGUCUUGAUUCUAACAAAAGUUAGAUUCACUGUCGGAUGUAAUAUUAUGCCGAUAUGAAUUUUAUGUAAUUGGUGGCUCUUCAAGUCAGACUGUGGAGUCUUGAAUCAAGGCUUUGCCUUUUGCUGUAAAUGGUUGCCUUAAAGUUGAACUUAAAGGGCAAUUGUCCUGUAAAGCCAGUAAUCUGAGGUAUUCUUGAAUAUUCUCGCCUGUCUAUGUUGACUUGAUUGAAUCAAUUGUACCAUUUCCCCCUGCUAUUUGCAGACCAACUUAAAUGAAUGUACACUUGUCUUGUUUAUGUCCAUUAUUUGCACACUCACAAUAUAUUAGACAACAAAGCCUUUUCUUCAAUUAGAACUUCAGUUUUACACUUAGGCCCUGAGCAAAGAUCUUAGGUAAGUACAUUAAUACAAUAAAAAAAAAAAGAUUUUUAUUCAGGCUUCAAGACAAAAAUGAUCUUCCAGUAAGUAAUACAAACAGACCUGACAAAGUCUACAGACGGCACACAUUAGGAGAAGCAAUGCAUUCAUUUAUAUAUGUGUGCAUCUAACUUCAAGUGACUGGCAUACAUGAACAAAAAAAAUAAAGAACAUUUACAAACUGCUGAACCAGCAUCAACAUAUUGGAAAGUGAAAUGGACAUAAGGUGCUGUGCUUAAGAUAUUGUUCCCAGCACCAAGUGUCAUAGGCCAAAAACAGGGUAACGUAGCGGACUACCAGGGCCACGUAGCAAUGUAGCGAACUACCAGAGAUACGCAGCGGUCUACCAGGGCCACGUAGCAGACUACCAGGGCCACGCAGCAAUGUAGCGAACUACCAGGGACACGCAGCGGACUACCAGGGCCACGUAGCAAUGUAGCGAACUAUCAGAGACACGCAGCGGUCUACCAGGGCCACGUAGCAGACUACCAGGGCCACGCAGCAAUGUAGCGAACUACCAGGGACACGCAGCGGACUACCAGGGCCACGUAGCAAUGUAGCGAACUACCAGAGAUACGCAGCGGUCUACCAGGGCCACGCAGCAAUGUAGCGAACUACCAGGGACACGUAGCAGACUACCAGGGCCACGCAGUAAUGUAGCGAACUACCAGGGACACGCAGCGAACUACCAGAGACACGCAACAGACUACCAGGGCCACGUAGCAGACUACCAGGGCCACGCAGCAAUGUAGCGAACUACCAGGGCCACGCAGAGGACUACCAGGGCCACGCAGCAAUGUAGCGAACUACCAGGGCCACGCAGAGGACAACCAGGGCCACGCAGCGGACAACCAGGGCCACGCAGCGGACAACCAGGGCCACGUAGCAAUGUAGCGAACUACCAGGGACACGUAGCAGACUACCAGGGCCACGCAGCAAUGUAGCGAACUACCAGGGCCACGCAGAGAACUACCAGGGCCACGCAGAGAACUACCAGGGCCACGCAGAGAACUACCAGGGCCACGCAGAGAACUACCAGGGCCACGCAGAGGACAACCAGGGCCACGUAGCGGACAACCAGGGCCACGUAGCAGACUACCAGGGCCACGUAGCAGACUACCAGGGCCACGUAGCGGACUACCACGGUAACGUAGGCAACUUCUAGGGUCACAUACAGUAAGAAGCCUGGAACAGUUAUUCUCAAUCCAAAACAGCAUUACUCAAAACUGAAGCAUGCAAAGUCCAUGUCUACACAUACGCAGACUUCACCGCUCGCAUGCCAAGACUAUGAUAAUAAGGGUUAAUAUUUGUAUUCAUAACAUGAAAACUUGUAAAA